UCUUUGAUGAGGGCAGAGCUCACGUUGCAUUGAAGACGAAACCUCGGGGAGGUCAGGAGCUGUCUUUCCUUCCCUCCCUGCCCGGUAGCUCCUUCACUCUUGUGACCCGCAGGGAUCAGCGGACAGCAUCCUCUGGAGAAGCUAAGGCUCACUACCCAGGGGAAAUUGAGGAGGUGGUGUCAUCUAAGCUUUAGGAGGAGGUUGUCAAGCUGGGUCCAGAGGACCUUUCUCAGGUUCUGUAGCCAAACCCAUCGCUGAUUUGCUGGCCCGAGUGCCCAGCAACCCCCCACCACUACCAUGGCCGAAGACGCAGAUAUGCGCAAUGAACUGGAGGAGAUGCAGAGGAGGGCUGACCAGCUGGCUGAUGAGUCCCUGGAAAGCACCCGUCGCAUGCUGCAGCUGGUUGAAGAGAGUAAAGAUGCUGGUAUCAGGACUUUGGUUAUGUUGGAUGAACAAGGAGAACAACUGGAACGCAUUGAGGAAGGGAUGGACCAAAUCAAUAAGGACAUGAAAGAAGCAGAAAAGAAUUUGACGGACCUAGGAAAAUUCUGCGGGCUUUGUGUGUGUCCCUGUAACAAGCUUAAAUCCAGUGAUGCUUACAAAAAAGCCUGGGGCAAUAAUCAGGAUGGAGUAGUGGCCAGCCAGCCUGCUCGUGUGGUGGAUGAACGGGAGCAGAUGGCCAUCAGUGGUGGCUUCAUCCGCAGGGUAACAAAUGAUGCCCGGGAAAAUGAAAUGGAUGAGAACCUGGAGCAGGUGAGCGGCAUCAUUGGCAACCUCCGUCAUAUGGCCCUAGACAUGGGCAAUGAGAUCGAUACCCAGAAUCGCCAGAUCGACAGGAUCAUGGAGAAGGCUGAUUCCAACAAAACCAGAAUCGAUGAAGCCAACCAACGCGCAACAAAGAUGCUCGGAAGUGGUUAAAUUUGCCCUUCUGCUGUGCUCUCCUCCAAAUAUUGUUGGACAAGAGAGCUCCUUCAUGCUUUUCUCAUGGUAUUACCUAGUAGGUCUUGCACACACACACACACACACACACACACACACACACACACACACACACACACACACAGUCGCCCCCAUUGUAAGUGUCCUGUGUGGUCUGUCAGAUUCCCAAUGAUACUAUGUGUCUUUUGUUCUCUUUGGCUCUCUUUCUUUCCAAAGGUUGUACAUAGUAGUCGUCUGGUGGCUCCAAUUCCCAACCUAAGAUGUCUUGGGUCUCAUUUUUUUUCUUUUCUCAGUGGCGUUUGCUGAAUGACAACAAUUUAGGAAUGCUCAAUGUGCUGUUGAUUCUCUCAAUACACAGUAUUGUUCUCGUAAAACUGUGACAUUCCACAGAGCUACUGCCACGGUCCUUUCUUCGGGUGUCAGGCUCUGAAUCUCUCCAAAUGUGCUGUCUUUGGUUCCUCAUGGCUAUUAUCUGUCUUUAUGAUUUCAUGAUUAGACAAUGUGAAAUUACAUAACAGGCAUUGCACUAAAAAGUGAUGUGAUUGAUGCAUUUAUGCAUGAGAACUAAAUAGAUUUUUAGAUUAUUCCUACUUAAACAAAAACCUUCCAUGACAGUAGCAUCCUGACAAGAAAACACACACAACAGCAACAAUAACAAAACAACAACGCAUGCUCAGUAUUGGGACACUGUCAAGAUUAAGUCAUACCAGCAAAACCUGCAGCUGUGUCUCUUGUUUUCUGUCAACAUACAGACUUACUGAUCAUAACCAUCCCUUCUUUUUUCUUUUUCUUUUUAAAUAACAACAAAAAAUGGAGUUGACACACUAUUUAAUCAUUUCUAGCAAAAUAUGUUUGGCUGAAACUAUGUGAGAUGGGUGUAAUAUAGGGUUUGUUUGCUGCUUUUGAAAGCUAUGUUUUGGAGACAACUCUUGCUGUGGAAGAUGCGAAGAUGUAGAUCUUUGAAGUCUGACUCUUGUUGAUCACUAUUUCCCUGUGGUUUGUCAUCAGUACAAUUCUUUGUUGCUUAAUCUAGAGCUAUGCACACCAAAUUGCUGAGAUGUUUAGUAGCUGAUAAAGAAACCUUUAAAAAUUAUAUAAAUGAAUGAAAUAUAGAUAAACUGUGAGAUAAAUAUCAUUACAGCAUGUAUAUUAAAUUCCUCCUGUCUCCUCUGUUGGUUUGUGAAGUGAUUGACAUUUUGUAGCUAGUUUAAAAUUAUUAAAAAUUAUAGACCCCG